ACAACCAACAACCAACAACCAACCAAACAAAGAACUAAACAAAAUAUGAGCAGCAACCCAAUGCAGCCAAGGAUCAUACCAGAGAUCCCAAAGAGGAAACCACCUGCAGGAGGUAAUGGAUCGGAUCUGGCUGUGAACUCUAAUGGCAUGGUUACAAGUCCGAAUCUUGGAAGCAGCGGUGGAGGUGGAGUUGGAUACCCGCCACAAUAUCAGCAGCAACCACCACAACAACAGCAGCAGCAGCCUCAUCCACCAAUGAUGAAACAGGCACCACCUCAUGUAUACAGCAAUCAACAAGGCUUGAAGCCAGCGCCAUAUGUACCAACCAACCCCAACGCAAAGUCACCUCCAUACCCUCCACAGUCGGGAAUGAUGAUGAAGCAACCACCCUCACAGCAGUACUCGCCUCCAUAUCCUCCCCAGACGAUGCACAAGCAGAUGCCACCACAGCAGCAGCACUCGAGUCCUCCACAGUAUUCACCACAGAGUCAGACACCGCCCGGAGUGCAAACACCUCCAAUGAACUCAUCUCCAGCAGGCUACAAACCACAGCCAGCUGCUCGUACCGUGUCACCCAACACGGGAUCACCUCGCGAGCUGCCCUCCCCAGGCAACACGUCGCCACCCUACCAACCACAGAUGAUGCAGCGACCUCCCGUACAGGGUCAGGCCAAGCUACCGCCUCAGAAUGUUCCCGGUAGACAGCCUCCUCCUCCUCCAGGAGGCCAGGCACAUCCCGUCCAAGGAGGACAUGUACAGGCUCAUCCUCAUCCUCACCCACCACAACAACAUCCACAUCCACCAAUGCAGGCUAAUCCACAUGCACAUCCACAGCAACAGCAGCAUCAACAGCAGCAUGCACAUCCACAACAGCAGCAGCCACAGCAGCAUCCUCAAAUCCCUCAGAUACAACAAACUCAGUAUGUGAACCAAGCGCUAACUCAACAGCAACAGCAACAGCAACUUCAACAACAACAACAGCAACAACAGCAACAUCAACAAGCCCAUCAUGCCAAUCCGAGGAUCAUGAGCGUUAACUUAUACGAUGUAAUAAGUCAACAGGAUCACAUUAAGGGUGACACCUUGGCAAAGAGUAAGUUCAACUCAUUCAUUCAA